AGAAACACACAGGCAGUGCUCAAGGAUACUCAGAUACAUUUGGAUGAUGCUCUCAGGACACAGGAGGACCUGAAGGAGCAGGUGGCCAUGGUGGAGCGCAGAGCAAACCUGCUGCAGGCUGAAAUUGAGGAGUUACGAGCAGCCUUGGAGCAAACAGAGCGAUCGAGGAAAGUGGCUGAGCAGGAACUUCUGGAUGCAAGUGAGCGAGUUCAGCUCCUCCACUCUCAGAACACGAGUUUGAUCAACACAAAGAAGAAGCUGGAAACAGACAUUGCCCAAAUUCAGGGUGAAAUGGAGGACACGAUCCAGGAAGCUCGCAAUGCUGAAGAGAAGGCCAAGAAGGCCAUCACAGAUGCGGCCAUGAUGGCAGAAGAGCUGAAGAAGGAGCAGGACACCAGUGCCCACCUGGAGAGGAUGAAGAAGAACCUGGACCAGACGGUGAAGGACCUGCAGCACCGUCUGGAUGAGGCUGAGCAGUUGGCUCUGAAGGGAGGCAAGAAGCAAAUCCAGAAGCUGGAGGCCAGAGUGCGGGAGCUGGAAGGGGAGGUUGAUGCUGAGCAGAAGCGCAGCGCUGAAGCUGUGAAGGGUGUGCGCAAGUACGAGAGGAGAGUGAAGGAGCUGACCUACCAGUCUGAGGAAGACCGGAAGAAUAUCCUCAGGCUCCAGGAUCUGGUGGACAAGCUGCAAACGAAGGUGAAAUCCUACAAGAGACAAGCUGAGGAGGCUGAGGAGUUGUCCAACGUCAACCUCUCCAAGUUCCGCAAGAUCCAGCAUGAGCUGGAGGAAGCCGAGGAGCGAGCUGACAUUGCAGAGUCGCAGGUCAACAAGCUCCGAGUGAAAAGCCGGGAGUUUCACAGCAAGAAGAUAGGAGAGGAAGAGUGAGGAUAUCCUGAGGCAACAGUGACCUGAGGAAUGCACAAAAUGUGAAUCCUCUGUUGCUUUCUUCUGUAAUUAGUCUUUGUAACUAUGUCAAUGUCUGUAGAAUAAAGAAUUUCGAUUUCUUUGCACACACAGCAGAA